AUGGUUCGCACUUCCGUUCUCCACGACGCCCUCAACUCCAUCAACAAUGCCGAGAAGGCCGGCAAGCGUCAGGUCCUGAUCCGACCUAGCUCCAAGGUCAUUGUCAAAUUCCUCCAGGUCAUGCAGCGCCACGGUUACAUCUCCGAGUUCGAGGAAGUUGACGAUCAUCGCUCUGGCAAGAUUGUCGUUCAGCUGAACGGCCGUCUCAACAAGACCGGUGUCAUCUCCCCCCGAUACAACGUCCGUCUGGCCGAUCUCGAGAAGUGGGUCGUCAAGCUGCUGCCCGCUCGUCAGUUCGGUUACGUUAUCCUCACCACCUCUGCUGGUAUCAUGGACCACGAGGAGGCCCGUCGCAAGCACGUUGCUGGCAAGAUCAUUGGUUUCUUCUACUAA